UUUGUUCUUGUCCAGUGAAGCAAUGAACUGGUCUGACAGCAGGAAGUACUGCAGGGAUCGUGGCGCUGAUCUGGUCACUAUCAAAAAUAUUGACAAGCAGAAGUUCAUUUCUUCAUUCGUCAAGGAGAUUGUGUGGAUCGGUUUGUCUGACAUAGAAAACGAGGGGAAAAUGAAAUGGGUGGAUGAGUCAUCACCGAAACAAGAGUUUUGGGCUGGGGGCGAGCCAAGUAAUACUGGUGGAAAUGAGGACUGUGUUGAACUGAUACCUUCCUAUGAUAUCCUGAAAAACUGGAACAAUAUCUCAUGCUCAGUUAAGAAAAGAGGGAUUUGUGAGAAGUAGCAUUGCUUCCUUCAUCUUCCUGAUGUUUAAUAAUGCUUGAGCUAUUUUUAGUUGUUUUUAUAUAAUCUUUUAAACUAUUUUAAUACAAUUGUAAUUCAUUUUUAUGGUUUCACUGUGUUUGUUUCUUACUGCAGUAAUAAAUCUCACGGCUUUCAGUUACACAUGGACUGCAUUAUGGGUAAUCUCAGACAAUAAAACUUCUUAUGUUCUUCAUCACAAGCAGCUGUA